GACAAAAUCGAUCGCCGUUAAGCCAGAAUAAAAAGGAUAAAUGGGGAGAGCUAAAGGCAAAGUUAACUAUGCUAGUGCCCCGUCAAGUACAAAUGGCGCCAAAAACCUGUGAGGUUCCUUUACAAAAUGCGUUGCCAUGCCAAGAAGUCCAUGGCCAACUCGAAUAACUCAUUCAAUAAAACUUCAGCAUGAUAAACUUCCUCUACCCUGUUCCCAAUUGUUAAUUACUAACCAUCGAGAUUCAAAUUCAUCUCAGCAAAAGAUCUCAAAGCUUUAUAAGACUGCAAAAAUACGCAAGGUAAUUUUGAAGAAUCCAAAACCCAAUAUGUUUAAAAGCCAAGGUAAUGGUUGUAUCGCAGUUUUCCGAAGAUCUUCAAGAUCGAUCACGCCAACGAGACUGAGUGAUCUAAAAUAUAAACAGAGUAUUUUACCAUGCAAAUGGACCAAACAAAUAAAAUCAAAGACUUCCUUUGAUUCUGGUCAACAGUCAUCUGUCUCAAAAUUGUGUGUUGGGAAAAGAAAAAAGAGUCCUCGGUUUAUUAAACAAUCCAAUGAUUUAGGAUCUAAUACAUCGAUAGAAAGUUCAGGUAGAUCUAAGUUUAAAGGAAAUCCAUCUUACACGGUGCUUCAAGUAUUUCAAAAGGAUUCAAAGGCUUUAGGAGUCCAACUUCAAGAAAAACAAGAUAGAUACAAUGGAAAUAGGAGAACAAAUUCCGGGAAAGAUGAGACUCAUACUUUGUAUGGCCAAUCCGGUUAUAGAUCUGAUCGAAGCAACCAAGAUAGUUAUCAAGACUGGAGAAGGGCACGAAAUUCAGCUAUUGGUCAGGCAGGAGGUUAUACUCCGAUCCAACCAAAUGAUACAGGCUUAACCUGGACUGAGCCAGCUGGAAAUUCUAAAUUAGAAGUUCCCCUGGGUGAUUCUAGUCAAACCAAAUCCAUGGCACGCUCAAAUGCCACCUUAAGAUCUACUGACGUGGAAACACUGGAAACGGUGACCCUCAUGCAACCUCGAAAACUCAGCAGUACUGAAAGUGCGAGGAUCAGAAAACCCGAUACGGACAUCGAGAAGACCUUUCUUAUGGCGACCAGAACUCCUUGUGACAGGGAAAAUCUGCUCCAGACCUGCGCAAGACCUCCCUGUACCUAUUGUUCCCAGCGAUAUACGGGACUUCCGCCCAAUCUACCUCAAGGAUUUAUGAUAUCACAGCCCCCUGACCAACCACAAACCUCUAGAAGCGCCCCACAAAAUAGAACACCUUUUAGUGAAAAUAACUUAAUAGAUCCGCGUGAUCAGUGGAUGACUACAAAAUCUCCUACUUCUGCACCAGUUAUGCAAUCUCAAUUUCAGCAGCCUCCAAUGCAGAUGAUGGAACCUCUUCAACCAACAUAUAGUACAAACCGCCAAUUUCGGGAGCCUGAAUAUCCCCCGAGUCCUUUCUACUACCCUCAAGCUUUACAAGAGAAUAUACAAACGCUUCCGGAGGGAUUCUAUGAUCAGACCGUUAACAAGUACAACAUAACUCGCAUGGAUUCUAACUUUCAGCCGCCAUCUCUGAGAUCCGAAUUUCUUUACGCAUUGCAGACGCCACAUCAAUAUUUAUUAAGACCACACAGCAAUCAAUUCCCACAGCAGCUCAUAAUAAGAUCCGUUCCAGACCAAAAUCGUGCUUUUAUUCAGCCUCAGAAUCAAUACCAAACUCAACUGCAAAGUCAGCAUACAAUGUUCGGCCCCCAGCAAAAUGUCAAAUUGGAUGAAUACCAUCAAUCAGAAUACCAUAUUUAAUUUUUGAAUUGAAAUAAAUAAAUACUUUUCAAAAUUUAAAGAAUUUGUUUUAUUUUUAAUAAUAAGCUUUUAAAAUAUUUGGCGCCCAAAAUAGAGAUGUGAAAAUGGUGAAAACUAUCGAUAGCUUAAAAGUCCAUGCAAAUAUGAUUCUGCAAAUAGCAUCGUCAUCUAUCGUAACUUGA